AGAAAGCCACGACUUUCCUUUCUUAAACUCACACAAUCCUUACCUUCCUUAGCAUGAUGCAUAAAAAACUAGUUCCAUAUAAAGUGAAAAAAAGGUGAAUAUUCUUCUCUAUAAAUAAGAGUCGUGUAACGUUUUUAAAAAUUCCCGCAAAAUAAACCGCGUGUUAACAGACAAAACUAUCCAGCGAAGCAUCUAUCCACCACACUUUUCAUUUCUACAUCACACAUUUACUCACCACACCCCCCUCACCGCCGCCGUUAGGGUUUCUCUCCGGCGACUCACCAAAAUGCUUCCCUAUAAUUCUCUUCAAGAAGCCGAGAUCUCUCUCGGUCGCAAUCUCACUUUCGCCGAAACCCUCUGGUUCAAUUACUCCGCUACUAAAUCCGAUUACUUUCUCUUUUGUCAUAACAUUCUCUUCCUCUUCCUCAUCUUCUCCCUCGUUCCUCUUCCACUCGUUUUCCUCGAAAUUAAACGCUUAUAUCCUUUCGAUUCUUACAAGAUCCAGCCUAAAGUUCGUUUAUCUCUCAAUGAAAUGCUUAAUUGUUACAAAGAUGUCAUGUUCAUGUUCUUCUUCGUCGUUGGUCCUCUUCAACUCGUUUCAUAUCCUUCCAUCAAGAUGAUUGGAAUUAGAUCAGGGUUACCAUUACCGUCAGGAUGGGAGAUUUUAUCACAAUUAUUGGUGUAUUUUUUGGUUGAAGAUUAUACGAAUUACUGGAUCCAUAGGUUUCUGCAUAAUAAAUGGGGUUAUGAGAAGAUUCAUCGUGUUCAUCAUGAAUAUCAAGCUCCGAUUGGAUUUGCGGCGCCUUAUGCUCACUGGGCGGAGAUCUUGAUUCUUGGGAUACCGUCUUUUCUUGGACCGGCUAUGGUUCCUGGUCACAUGAUUACGUUUUGGUUGUGGAUAGCAUUGCGCCAAAUUGAAGCCAUUGAUACACAUAGCGGGUAUGAUUUCCCCUGGAAUCCCACAAAAUAUAUUCCAUUUUAUGGUGGUGCUGAGCAUCAUGAUUAUCAUCAUUACGUUGGAGGACAAAGCCACAGCAAUUUUGCAUCAGUUUUCACAUACUGUGAUUACAUCUAUGGAACUGAUAAGGGUUUCCGGUAUCAGAAGAAGAUACUUCGAACGCUGAAGGAAGAUUUGACAAACGGUGCCGCGCAGAAUGAAGGAUCAUACAAUGCACAGGAUAUUUAUAAAUCUGAAUGAAACAGAAGCAUUUUAGGUGUUUUAUGUUGCAUGUUGGUCGUUUGAAACUACCAAAAUUUGUUGUAGACAUAUAAGCAGUACUGGUAAAAUAGACGUCUUUGGUUAGCUUCAGGAUGAAGACUAGUAGAACCGGGCUUUACGAAUUGUGAUUUUGUUUUACAAGAGUGGGUUGGGGAAGAAAUUCUUGUGUUGUCAUGUUUUUUGGAAUUCGAACAUUUGGUUUAGCUUCAUGUCUAUGUAAGAAUUCUGGAAAUGUGAAACAGGCUACCUCCUCUGGGAUGUAAUUCAAAAAAGCAUAAUAAAGUUUGGAAGUUUGGUUUUA